GAAGCUCCCACCCCGCGCCGACGCCGCAACUGCACUGCGCAUGCGCCCGCUGCCUUUUAUAGCAGUGCGAAACAUCGCGAGAGUAGUGUCGAACUCCCGCGCGAGCGCUCUUGGCCGCAACCAGCCAAUGAGAGGGCGUGCGGAAAGGAGAGCGAGCCAAUCCCAUCCCGCCUCCCGGCGCUAGGGGCGGGGCGAGGCGCGGCGGCCGGGCGUCUCCUCGUGGGGCCGGGCGCGCUUUGCGCCAGGUUUAGCGUGAGAGGGGGCACGGCGGAGGGGAAGGAAACUGGAUGGCGUCUACGUGCACCCUGGGGAGAGAAUCACUGCUGGAAGAUGGAAUGCCGCCUGCAAAAAAGCCCAGGAAGCUCUUGCCAAGCCUCAAAACUAAGAAGCCCCAAGAACUCGUCUUGGUGAUCGGGACAGGGAUCAGCGCUGCGGUUGCUCCCCACGUCCCAGCAUUGAAGUCGUGGAAGGGUUUGAUCCAGGUGCUCCUGGACGCCGCCGUCGACUUCGAUCUGCUGGAGGACGAAGAGAGCAAAUGCUUCCAAAAGUGUCUCCACGAAGACAAGAACUUGGUGCACGUCGCCCAUGACCUUAUCCAGAAGCUGUCGCCGCGCACGAGCAACGUUCGCUCCACCUUUUUCAAAGACUGUUUGUACGAGGUGUUUGACGACCUGGAAUCGAAAAUGGAAGAUUCCGGGAAGCAGCUGCUUCAGUCCGUGCUGGAUCUGAUGGAAAACGGGGCUCUGGUGUUAACGACCAACUUCGACAACCUGCUGGAGCUGUACGCAGCGCACCAGGGGAAGCACCUGGAGUCUCUCGACCUGACUGAUGAAAAGAAGGUGCUGGAGUGGGCGCAAGAGAAGAGGAAACUGAGCGUCCUGCACAUCCACGGCGUUUACACCAACCCCGGCGGCAUCGUCCUGCACCCAGCCGGCUACCAGAACGUGCUGCGCAACACCGAGGUGAUGCGGGCGAUUCAGAAGCUGUACGAGAAUAAAUCCUUCCUGUUCUUGGGCUGCGGUUGGACUGUCGACGACACCACGUUCCAGGCGCUGUUUCUAGAGGCGGUGAAGCACAAAUCCGACCUGGAGCAUUUCAUGCUGGUGCGCAGGGGGGACGUGGACGAGUUUAAAAAGCUGCGCGAGAACAUGCUGGACAAAGGGAUUAAAGUUAUUUCCUAUGGAGACGAAUACGCCGAUUUACCUGAAUAUUUUGAGAGGCUGGCGGGCGAGAUAGCCACGCGCGGACCAACAGGCCAGCCUAAGGAGGGCCAACAGCUCAACGGCUCUGCUGCUGCCCAAAUCAAAGGACGCAGCGCUUGAACACCGGGACCCGAGAUGCAGCCAGCGACUCCCUAGGACAGGCCUAAGCCAGAGGCCUGCGCGGUUUAAGCCCAGUCUAGGGGAAGAGGCACAAAACGGACAUUUAACAUUGCGAUUGUCUUUUUAAUCAUGUUUGCGUGUGCCGGGGGAGUACGGGCUCCUCUAAUUUCAUACUUAGUGCUUUUCUAUUCUGUACUUCCCAUUAAAAGCACAAAACUUGAAUUUUUUUUUCUUUUUUAACUGAAAGCUCUAGUUUUCUAGUUUUCUUUCUACUGUAUUUUGUACGUUGAAGCUUCUAUUAAAGCCCCAUUCACUUCAA